CAGACAUUCAUACUGGGCAACUUUUGUGAAGCAAUCUCUUUAAAAAACAUUUUCUGUGAAUCCACUGUGAAUAGACAUAACAUCAUAGCUGCUAACUUUACCCUUUGCAGAUAAUACUUUUAUUUGAGUAUUCUGUAGUGUGUUUAUAUUUGAGACCUGAUUCAUAGCUAUUUCCUUAAAGACCAGAUUCUGCCAUCCUUACUCACAUUGCAUUAUAUCUUACUCUGCAAGUUUCAGUGAUUAAAUAUGCAUAAUGAUUGCCCUUAGAGACUAAAAGCAACAGUUGCUUCUUUCAAUCUAUGACAGCUGCAAGAGCAACUCUUCUUUCCACACCACCAUCCACCCUAAAUUCCAACUUGUAAGAGGCUGUACCUAUAUUUAGUUGGAAGGAUUAAAUUACAGAGACUUCAGGCUGGGCAAAGCACAUUGAUCUGCCUUUUUACAGGCAGACCUUAGUGCCGACAACAGCAAAAGAUUUCAGUUUCCUCCCACACACCCUAUUAUUCACAAAAUGGAUUCCCAAAGGGAACUCACUGAAGAGCUUCGACUUUACCAAUCCACGCUUCUUCAGGAUGGCCUCAAGGAACUCCUGGAUGAGAAAAAGUUCAUUGAUUGCUAUCUAAAAGCUGGUGAUAAAAGCUUACCUUGCCACAGAUUGAUUCUAUCAGCUUGUAGUCCUUAUUUCCGUGAAUAUUUCUUAUCUGAGCAAAGUGAAGUGAAAAAAAAGGAGGUAGUUCUAGACAAUGUGGACCCUAGCAUCCUGGAUAUGAUUGUCAAGUACCUUUACUCUGCAAGUAUUGAUCUCGACGAUUCUAAUGUGCAAGAUAUUUUUGCUUUGGCCAGCCGCUUUCAGAUCCCUUCUGUAUUCACUGUGUGUGUAUCCUAUCUUCAGAAAAGACUUGCUGUUGGUAAUUGUCUAGCCAUCCUUAGAUUAGGUCUCCUCCUUGACUGCCCAAGACUUGCAUUGUCUGCCCGUGACUUUGUGUCGGACCACUUUGUGCAAAUUUGCAAAGAAGAAGACUUCAUGCAGCUGGCCCCCCAUGAGCUCAUCUCAGUUAUUUCACCUGAUAGCUUAAACGUAGAAAAGGAAGAAGUGGUAUUUGAAGCAGUAAUGACAUGGGUCCGAACAGACAAAGAGAACAGAAUAAAGAGCCUGGGAGAAGUUUUUGACUGCAUUCGUUUUCGUCUUAUGGCAGAAAAAUAUUUCAAGGAGCAUGUUGAGAAGGAUGAUAUAAUCAAAAGCAACUCAGAUCUUCAGAAAAAAAUCAAGGUUAUUAAGGAUGCCUUUGCUGGAAAAUUGCCUGAACCUACUGUAAGCAAGGGAAAGUCAGGUGAAGGGGAAGUAAAUGGUGAUGUAGGGGAUGAAGAUUUACUCCCUGGAUACCUCAAUGACAUUCCGAGACAUGGUAUGUUUGUCAAAGACCUUAUUCUUCUGGUUAAUGACACAGCUGCAGUGGCUUAUGACCCUGUAGAGAAUGAAUGUUUCCUGGCAGCCCUGGCAGAACAGAUUCCCAGAAAUCAUUCCAGCAUAGUCACCAAACAAAAUCAGGUCUAUGUCGUCGGAGGACUGUAUGUGGAUGAGGAGAACAAGGAUCAGCCUUUACAAUCCUAUUUCUUCCAGCUGGAUAGCAUUGCUGGUGAAUGGAUAGGCCUUCCUCCACUGCCUUCAGCCAGAUGCCUUUUUGGUCUGGGAGAGUCGGACAACAAACUGUAUGUAAUUGCAGGAAAGGACCUUCAGACAGAGGAGUCUCUGGAUUCAGUAUUGUGCUAUGAUCCUGUGGCAGUAAAAUGGAGUGAGGCCAAAAAGCUUCCACUCAAAGUAUAUGGCCAUGCAACAAUUUCAUACAAUGGGAUGAUAUACUGUCUUGGAGGAAAGACUGAUGACAAAAAAUGUACUAACAGGGUAUUUAUAUACAAUCCCAAGAAGGGAGACUGGAGAGAUCUGGCUCCCAUGAAAGUGGCUCGCUCAAUGUUUGGAGUGGCUGUCCAUAAAGGCAAAAUUGUGAUUGCAGGAGGUGUUACUGAAGAAGGUCUUUCAGCCUCUGUUGAAGCCUUUGACCUCACCACUAAUAAGUGGGAGGUUAUGCCUGAAUUCCCCCAGGAGAGAAGCUCUAUCAGUUUAGUCAACUUGAAUGGAUCUCUGUAUGCUAUUGGUGGUUUUGCUAUGGUUCAACUUGAGUCCAAGGAAUUUGCACCCAAUGAAGUUAAUGACAUAUGGAAGUAUGAUGAUGAGACGAAAGAAUGGUGUGGCAUGUUGAAGGAGAUUCGCUAUGCCUCUGGAGCCUCCUGCCUUUCAACACGUUUAAAUCUAUUCAAAUUAUCAAAGCUGUAAACAAAAAGGCUGGGAAAUUAAAUAUGAGGAGGGACUUCUGAUUAUAGCCAUUUUAUUUUUGUUGCAUAAAAACAAACUGUACAGAGAUUUAUAGCUAAGUAUCCCUUAAACUGUGACUGCAGCUGUGUUUUAAAUGGUUACUAAUUUUUUUAGAUAAUAAACCAAAACUAACUUUUUGCUCAAGGUUAGAAUCAGAAAGAAUUCUGAUUGACAUUGACUGGAACUUGUUUUGAAUAAAUGAAGAUAUCAUGUGAAA